CGUCCUCUUCCGCCCGCUCGGCCCCUGCCAACGAGACAGGGCUGCCGGAGCCGCCGCCAUUGUUGCCGGCCUUUUUUCUUUAACCCCCCCUUGCCCCUGCGGAGAAUCCGACGCCAUCCGCCAACAUGGUGAACUUCACCGUAGACCAGAUCCGGGCCAUCAUGGACAAGAAGGCCAACAUCCGGAACAUGUCCGUCAUCGCCCACGUGGAUCAUGGGAAAUCCACCCUGACGGACUCUCUGGUGUGCAAAGCUGGGAUCAUCGCCUCGGCCCGUGCCGGGGAGACCCGCUUCACAGACACGAGGAAAGACGAGCAGGAGAGAUGCAUCACCAUCAAGUCCACGGCCAUUUCUCUGUUCUACGAGCUUUCCGAGAAUGAUUUGGCGUUCAUCAAGCAAAGCAAAGACGGUUGCGGCUUCCUGAUCAACCUGAUUGACUCCCCGGGCCACGUGGACUUCUCUUCGGAGGUCACGGCCGCCCUGCGUGUCACCGACGGUGCCUUGGUGGUCGUGGACUGCGUUUCUGGGGUCUGCGUCCAGACGGAGACCGUUCUGCGCCAGGCCAUCGCUGAGAGGAUCAAGCCCGUGCUGAUGAUGAACAAGAUGGACCGGGCUCUGCUGGAGCUCCAGCUCCAGCCGGAGGAGCUGUACCAGACCUUCCAGCGCAUCGUGGAGAACGUCAACGUCAUCAUCUCCACCUACGGGGAAGGCGAGGGCGGCCCCAUGGGCAACAUCAUGAUCGAUCCAGUCCUGGGGACCGUGGGCUUUGGUUCCGGCCUGCACGGCUGGGCUUUCACCCUGAAGCAGUUUGCCGAGAUGUACGUGGCCAAGUUCGCAGCGAAAGGCGAAGGGCAGCUGAACUCCGCCGAGCGCGCCAAGAAGGUGGAGGACAUGAUGAAGAAGCUGUGGGGAGACCGAUAUUUCGACCCGGCGACCGGCAAAUUCAGCAAGUCAGCCAACGGCCCCGAGGGGAAAAAGCUGCCGCGGACUUUCUGCCAGCUGAUCCUGGACCCCAUCUUCAAGGUGUUUGAUGCAAUCAUGAAUUUCAAGAAGGACGAAACCGCCAAACUGAUCGAGAAACUGGACAUCAAGCUGGACAACGAAGACAAAGACAAGGAAGGGAAACCUUUGCUGAAGGCUGUGAUGAGACGCUGGCUCCCUGCCGGGGAAGCCCUGCUCCAGAUGAUAACCAUCCACCUGCCGUCCCCCGUCACGGCUCAGAAAUACCGCUGUGAGCUGCUGUACGAAGGCCCCCCUGACGACGAGGCCGCCAUGGGAAUCAAGAACUGCGACCCGAAGGGCCCCCUGAUGAUGUACAUCUCCAAGAUGGUGCCCACCACCGACAAGGGCCGCUUCUACGCCUUCGGCCGGGUCUUCUCUGGCAUCGUCUCCACCGGCUUGAAAUGCAGGAUCAUGGGGCCGAACUACACGCCCGGCAAGAAAGAGGAUCUCUACCUGAAGCCGAUCCAGAGGACCAUCCUCAUGAUGGGCCGGUACGUGGAGCCCAUCGAGGACGUGCCUUGCGGCAACAUCGUGGGGCUGGUGGGCGUGGACCAGUACCUAGUCAAGACCGGCACCAUCACCACCUUCGAGCACGCCCACAACAUGCGCGUCAUGAAGUUCAGCGUCAGCCCCGUGGUGCGCGUGGCCGUGGAGGCCAAGAACCCGGCGGACCUGCCCAAGCUGGUGGAGGGGCUGAAGCGGCUGGCCAAGUCCGACCCCAUGGUGCAGUGCAUCAUCGAGGAGUCCGGGGAGCACAUCAUUGCAGGCGCCGGGGAGCUGCAUCUGGAAAUCUGCCUGAAAGAUCUGGAAGAAGACCACGCCUGCAUUCCCAUUAAGAAAUCCGACCCGGUGGUGUCCUACCGCGAGACGGUGAGCGAGGAGUCCGGGGUGCUGUGCCUUUCCAAGUCUCCCAACAAGCACAACCGCCUCUACAUGAAGGCCCGGCCCUUCCCCGACGGGCUGGCCGAAGACAUCGACAAAGGCGACGUCUCGUCCCGGCAAGAGCUGAAGACGAGGGCCCGCUACCUGGCCGAGAAGUACGAGUGGGACGUGGCCGAGGCCCGCAAGAUCUGGUGCUUCGGCCCCGACGGCACCGGCCCCAACAUCCUGACCGACAUCACCAAGGGGGUGCAGUACCUCAACGAGAUCAAGGACAGCGUGGUGGCCGGCUUCCAGUGGGCCACGAAGGAGGGCGCACUCUGUGAGGAGAACCUGCGCGGCGUCCGCUUCGACGUGCACGACGUGACGCUCCACGCCGACGCCAUCCACCGCGGGGGCGGCCAGAUCAUCCCCACCGCCCGGAGGUGCCUCUACGCCUGCAUGCUGACGGCACAGCCCCGCCUCAUGGAGCCUAUCUACCUUGUGGAGAUCCAGUGCCCAGAGCAGGUUGUGGGCGGCAUCUACGGCGUCCUGAACCGCAAGCGGGGCCACGUCUUCGAGGAGUCCCAGGUGGCCGGCACCCCCAUGUUCGUGGUCAAGGCUUACCUCCCCGUCAACGAGUCUUUUGGUUUCACAGCUGACUUGAGGUCCAACACAGGAGGCCAGGCGUUCCCCCAGUGCGUGUUCGACCACUGGCAAAUCCUUCCCGGAGACCCCUUCGACACCACCUCCCGCCCGUGCCAAGUGGUUGCUGAGACCCGCAAGCGCAAAGGGCUGAAAGAAGGCAUCCCGGCGCUAGAUAACUUCCUGGACAAAUUGUAAAAAACAUAAAUAAAAUUAAGCCAAAAUUACCACUUGCAACCACCAGACUUAAAAGAAUAAAUUUUAAACAACC